UGACUCUAGAAUAUUAUGUUUCAAUAACUUUUGGGAUAUCAAAAAAAUGAGCAUUAGCUUUUGGUUGCAAAACUCUAUUUUUGUCUAACACAAGUCUAAGGGUCGACACUAGAAUAAUCCUCAAGAGUGAUAAGUGUUCCAGAACAAAGGGUCGACACCAGAAAAGCAAGGGUCGACACCAAGGAGAAGCUGAAAAAACAACUAAGUGUUUCAGAUGCAAAGGUCGACACCAACAGCAGCAAGGGUCGACACCAAAAAGCAGUAUACACCUCAGCCGCAAGGGUCGACACCAAAAAGCAGUAUACACUUCAGCCGCAAGGGUCGACACUAAAUGAGAUAAGGGUUGACACGAGGAACACCUGUAAAUCAACUCAGGAAAGAAAAGACAGAGCAAAGGGUCGAUACCCAAUCUGCAGGGGUUGACACCUUUAUGUCUGGGUUGCAAAAAAAAACCUAGCCGCCAUCUUCCAAUUCAAAGAGGGUCUCAGUGACAUCAUCAUCAGACAGAUGUUAUUCUAAUCAAAAGGAAUUUUGGGACAAUAAUCUCUGACUUAAUGGAGGAAACAUUCUCCACUCACAGCACUCCCAAGAUUAGAAAAAGAAAAAGCAUGGAGACAACAUUAUAUCCAUCCACCAUAGUUUUGAAUCCCAAACAUGGGCAUCACUUCCUUUGAGGAAGCUCCAUCUCCAAUGGUCAGAUAAGAACUUGUACCAUCCAUGCUCCACUUACAACAGCUGGAAACUUUUUCCUUGUCUAGCUCCAACGGCUAAUAGACCCACGUGGGUGUGUUUUUUACUUCAAGAGAUAAGUCAGAUGGAGGCUAUAAAUCUGUAUCUUUUCCAGAUCUGAAAAAGACAGAAGAUACUCACUACAAAUACACUUAAGUAUACCGAGCAUCAUUUUCAAUCUCUGUGAUUUCACUUGUGUUCUCCUAUUUCAUAUCUAAGCAAGUCCUAAACUUACUUGUGAGCUUACACCUCCAUAUCCAUCUUUUGAGAGAUAGUAUUUGUCAAAGAGGACAGUUGGACCUCUCUUCCUAGUUCAUUAGUUUCUGAGUGAAACACUUGUAAAGUGAGGCUUUUCGUUGAGAGAUCCUCAACAGAUUGAAGCAAGUCAGUUGUAAAAAUCCACAAGUUGGGAAAAGCUUGGUGGUGCAUUAAUUCAUAGUAAAGAAAUUCUCAAGGAGGACUCUUGAGGAGUGGACGUAGGCCGUUGAGCCGAACCACUAUAAAUCCUUGCGUUAAGUUCUUCUUUCCUUUUCUUUUUACUUUCUAUGAAGCUAUUGAUUAUUUACUGCAUUUAAUUUCAUAAGUCUUUUGAACUUUAUUUUUGGACCAAAUUUUUUUAUAUAACCCAAUUCAACCCCCCGCUUGGGUUGCUUUCCUGGUUAACAAUUGGUAUCAGAGCCAUGUCUCUAAGUAGUGUGACUUAACCAUCUUAGAGUGAUCUAUGGCAAACCCUAGCUCCUCUCUCCCAGAAGGUCAAGCCUCAAACAGACCACCUUUCUUCAAUUGCACAAAUUUCAACUAUUGGAAAACUCGCGUGAUUAUGCAUAUUCAAUCUACCGAGUAUGAAGUUUGGAAAAUCAUAUGUGAGGGUCCUAAGGUACCCACAAAAACCAUAAAUGGUAUGCUAGUACCCAAACUUGAGAGUGAGUGGACUAGUGCUGACUAUAAAGAUAUUUAAUUAAAUGUCAAAGCUAUUAAUAUGUUAUAUUGUGCACUUGAUGCUACCGAGUUUAACAAAAUAUGCACUUGUACCACUACAAAAGAAAUUUGGGAUAAACUUGUUGUAACUCAUGAGGAAACCACUCAAGUUAAAGAAUCUAGAAUGAGCUUACUUGUUCACAACUAUGAGUUCUUCAAGAUGAAACCAGAUGAAAACAUAUCCCAAAUGCUCACUCGUUUUACAGAUAUUAUAGACAGUCUUAAAUCUCUUGGGAAAACUUACACUAAUGCAAAAAUUGUCAGAAAAGUCCUUCAAUCAUUGCCAAAAAGUUGGGAGAACAAAGUUAUUGCAGUGAUAGAAGUAAGAGACUUGUCAACAUUGAGCCUUGAUGAGCUAAUGGGAUUUCUCCUAACCCAUGAGAUCAUUAUGCGAGAAGGAAAAGAAGAAGAAGACAAAAAUAAGAAGAAAGGGAUAGCUUUCAAGUCCACCACAAAAUCUCAAGAGAAAGAAGAAGAUGCUUCAGAGGAAGAUGAAGAAAUGACUUUCAUUACCAAAAGAUUCAAAAGAUUUGUGAAGAAGAAACAAGGCGUAAGGAAGUUUUUCAUAAAAGACUUCAACAAAGAUCUUCAAAAAAGAGAAAGUCAUAAAAAAUCCGAAGUGAUCUGCUAUGAAUGUAAUAAGCCAUGACACUACAAAUCGGAAUGUCCCGAGCUAAAAAACAAUUCAAGAAGGAUAAAAAGAAAGCCAUGAUCGCAGCAUGGGGAGAAGAUAGUGAUGACAGCGACUCAGAGACAGAUGCUUGCAAAAAUGAAGUCGCAAAUCUAUGCUUGAUGGCACUUGAAGAUGAGGUAAAUGAUGACUCCUUUACCUUUGAUGAAUUACAAACUGCUUUUGAUGAAUUGCAUGCUGAAUUUAAAAAAUUAAGUUUGAAAAGUAGUUAUCAAAAGAAAAUGGUUUCAAGUUUAUCUCAAGAAAAGAAAUUCUUAACUACUAAGAUCACUACUUUAAAAAAUGAAGUCUUGACAAUGGAAAAGGAGAAAGAAUUCUCAAAGGAAAAAGAAUUUCUCAUGUUAAGUAAAAAGG